GGUGGAAGCUGUCGCGCGGGGAGGGUAGUUUGGCGGGUUUCGUUUCGUUGCGCGUCUCAGCGCCCGACGUGUGUAUGUGCAUACUCGACUCGUCGUUGGCGUGGUGUGCAAUUGCGUUCAGCUGUGUGCGUGCGUGUGCGUCGCGUUCCCGGCGGGCGGACAUACGUACGGUCCGCGCGUUAUCGCCGCGCGCGUUAAACGCGUGCUUUCUCACAUAAAGUUGCAUAGAAAAUCUCUCACGGUCGCGGCCAUGGUGCAAUUACGCUACACCCGUAACCUGUUCCUGCGCGGGAUCUGCAUCAUAUAUCUGUUCGCGUUCCUCAGCUUCUACGUGCAGAUUCCAGGAUUGUACGGCGACAAUGGGCUUCUACCAGCCAGGACGCAGCUGGAUCUCAAGGCGCGCGGGCCGUUACUCAAUAAAAUGAAGCAUAAGCCGACGUUCUUGUGGCUCGCGCCAUAUCUGGGCUUAAACGUUGAUUAUAUGCUGGACGUACUGUCUCUUCUCGGAGUCAUUCUCUCCUUUGCAGGAUUUGUCUCGCAGAAAUUCUGCAUCGUGCCAAUAUUCGCAGGGCUAUGGUCUCUGUAUUAUUCUGUAUACCAGAUUGGUCAAACAUUUAUGUUCUUCCAAUGGGAUGUUCUAUUACUGGAGGUUGGAUUUCUAUGUAUAUUUGUGGCACCAAUUUGGUAUUCUUAUCGCGGCAGAAUAAGCGACGGGGUAACUCUCUGGGCUGUACGUUGGUUGCUUUUCCGCCUUAUGUUUGCCAGUGGAGUAGUAAAACUUACCUCAGGCUGUCCAGUCUGGUGGAAAUUAGAUGCUCUAAGUAUCCAUUUUGAAUCGCAAUGUAUACCAACUCCUCUGGCGUGGUACGCGCAUCAUUUGCCAACGUGGUUGCUUCGACUGUCCACCGUUUCUGUAAACGUUAUCGAGAUGGCUGUACCACUUUUAUUUUUCUUCCCGAUCAGAAACGUUAGAAUAAUUGCAUUUUAUUUGCAGGUGAUUCUACAAGUCUUCAUUAUUGCUACUGGAAACUACAAUUUCUUUAAUUUCCUUACGAUUUGUCUAUGCAUAUCCUUACUGGACGAUCAGUUCUUUUACAAACGAAAAUCUAAAAACGAUAAGUCUCAUGUUAAGAAUUAUGUCUCUGCACUAGCAACUAUAUUAGUUUAUGGAGUAAUAAUAUACGGGACAUGUGUUUUAUACGGUCUUAAGAUAACAGACAAUUGGACCAUUGAAUCUAAUAUCGCAUUUACACCGGAGGAAUUUGAUCGCGUUCUAUCUCGCACAAUACUAUUUGCAAUAUAUCUCGGUUUAGUAUCCCUCGGAUUGACGUUAAAGGAACUGAUACGCGUUGUAUUUUUCACAAAAGGGAUGUAUGAUAAACUAAAAACAACGAUAUCGACAAUUUUGUACUUCACGAUUGUAUGCUGCAUCUUUGCUGUGAGUCUUGUACCAUAUACCGCGUUGCAUCAAUCGCACAACUCGACGAUCGCACAACUCGUUAACGUGAAGCAGAUUCAUGCGAAAGUGGAGCAUCUUCAUAUAGUGAACAGUUACGGACUGUUCCGCCGUAUGACGGGAGUCGACGGUAGACCUGAAGUUGUAAUAGAGGGAAGCGACAGCAUUGAAGGACCCUGGAAGGAGUACGAGUUUUUAUACAAGCCAGGAAAUGUCAACAACUCGCUACCAUUCGUUGCACCCCAUCAACCUCGUCUCGAUUGGCAAAUGUGGUUCGCUGCUUUAGGUACAUAUCAUCAAAAUCCGUGGUUAAUGUCGCUAGCCUAUCGUUUAUUGAGCGGGCAGCCCGAGGUAUUGGCUCUAAUGAAUACUGUCGAACAUCCAUUCCGAGACAGACCCCCGAAAUACAUUAGGGCUAGUCUUUAUUAUUAUCAUUAUACGCCGUCGAGUCAGACAUCGAAUGCUUGGUGGACUAGAGAAAGAAUAGGAGAGUAUUUCCCGAUAUUCAGUCAGAGUCACCCUCCGCUUAUCGAAUAUUUGACGAAAAUGAAGAUUCUUCAAGAGAAGCCGGCUGUCAAGGUCACAAAUGAACCACUCAAAUUAAUUCUGGACAAUCUUAGAUCUUUGGUCAGUAAAGUAGAACCGAGUAUAAUUUUGUGGGGCGUCUUCACAGCCGGUUGCGCGAUAUUCAUAACAGGUUACGGCAAUUCGGUAUCGAAAAAGAAAUAGUUAUUCUCUGUGAGCGAUAAUCAUCAUAAAAACUUAAUAAGUUACAAAACUACAAGGUAUUGAAUAUUAACAAGAUAUAAGAUGCAAGCUGUAAAAUAUACGUAUACCAGCUGAAUAAUUAUUUGCAUACAGUGUUAACGUAGUGACACAAGAUACUUGUUUUGCAUGUAAAAUAUAACGUCUGCAUUUCUUCCAUCUAAUAGAUCUCUGUUAAACAAUAUUAUGUCGUGUAUAAUAACAUAAUAAUGCAUUAAAUAUAAAUCUACUGAGAUAACUCGUAAGAAGAGAACAGGGAAAA